GAAAAGACCCAAAAAUUGGAUAUAUUGACUUAUUGAGCCACUGGCAGGAAAAAUGGAACGUAAUUAAGCUCUAGGGACUGAAGCGUGCAGGAGCAGUCAGAUGAAGUGAUGGUGGCGUGUGAAAAAUGGUUGCCAAAGGCGCGUGGUGAUCCUUGGAAUGAAUCAACGGGCAGGAAAGGAGUAUCUCAAUCCGAUGGCUUAAACUUGUUCGGCACUGUUUCAACGGGAAAAAUAACUGAUAACGUUUGAAAGAUAUUAAUUGGCAUGAGUUCCCAAAGAAGGGGUGUCAAUUGGAGUGUUAGCGAGGACAUUGCUUUGUGUAAAGCUUGGGUUAAAAUAUCAGAAGCCGGUGCUAUCGCAUUCAGUCAAGGAGACAAUUGUUUUUGGGGUCGGGUUCACGAUACAUUUUCUCAAAACUCCCAAACUGUUCUUCGAACUCGUGACGCGGUUGAAUCACGCUUCAAAACUAUCAACCGUCAAUGUUGUCUUUGGAAGGAGUACAUGAGGAAGGCAACCACAACUUCACCUCCAGGAUUUAAAAUGAUGGAUGUGGAAUAUCAAGCCAAAGUGUUAUUUAGACAUGAUAAUAAUGACAAACCGUUCAAAUUCGAUCACGCUUGGCAUGUGCUACAUACAUGCCAGAAGUGGUACCAUCAAAAUGAACCACUCCCCGCUCUCACGGUGACUCCACCUUCACACAACUCUAUCACUUUGGACGUGGAUAGUAGUAGUAAUUCGCCAUCGAAUGACACUAGUGGAUCAAUUCCACAUCCCGGAAGUCGUGACAAACAAAGGGUGGAUAGAAAAUGCAAAGAAAAAAUGCCGAGGAUGGAUCCGGUGAUAAAAGAGCAUUUUGAUCAAAUGAUCAAACAAGGUGAAGAAUCAGGAAAAAAGAGAUAUGAAAGAUAUGAUGAUCUUCACAGAAGAGCUAUGGAGUCCGAGAUUAGAAAGAACAAUGUUGACAUUGUCACUAUGGACCUCUCUAAGUAUUCACCGAGGAAGAAGAAAUGGCUUGAGGAACAACAAAAUGCAAUCAUGAAUGAUACUCAAGAUCAAUAAAGUGUCAUGCAUGCAUUUCAGACUUAAGCAGGGUACUAUCCCCACUAUGCUAAGUAAUAAUUGUUGUAUUUUUGUUUGUGUAAUGCAAUUGAAUUGUCUUUGGCUGUGACUAUUAUCCCCAUUCCCCACUAUCCUUAUAGCCAUGUAUUUUGUUUUUAGUUCAAAUUUUAGUGUAAUUUCAAGGAAUCGUAGAACUGGCAACAUGAUAAACAUGUUUUUAAUUGAGGGUGAUGCAUACCCACCUUGUCCUUGGGUUAUUAAUCGUAGAAUUGUUUUUAAUUUGUGUAA